UGCAGAUUGGGCCGGAUCCAAAGCUAUCCAAUUUAAUGGGCCGGGCAGGUCUGCGCCUUCUCUUGUUCCCAUAUGCAGCGCAGAUUAGAAAACUGCAAAAUUUGAACUGUCGACGGAAAGGACCCAAGGAAGAAAUGGAAGAAGCGGAGCCUGAGACACUCGAAGGGUUCUUAGCAUGGGCAGCGGAGCUUGGAAUUUCAGAUUCACUUCACAAUUUCCAGUCUCAAAAACCAAGGAUCUGUUUGGGCAAUUCUCUCGUUGUCUCUUUUUUCCCUGAUGCAGGAGGAAGAGGCUUGGGUGCAGCACGUGAUCUUAGGAAAGGAGAAUUGAUCCUUAGAGUUCCAAAGUCUGCCUUGCUAACAAGGGAUAGUUUACUAAAGGAUGGGAUACUCUCCUCUGCUGCCAAUGGCCAUCGCUGUCUCUCUCCUACUCAAAUAAUGACUGUUUGCUUAUUAUAUGAAAUGGGUAAAGGAAAGAACUCGUUUUGGUAUCCUUACUUGAAGCAUUUGCCCCGCAGUUAUGAGAUUCUAGCUACUUUCAGUGAGUUUGAAAAGCAAGCUUUGCAAGUGGAUGAUGCUGUCUGGACAACAGAAAAGGCCAUAUCGAAGGCUGAAACAGAAUGGAAACAAGCUACUUUGUUAAUGCAAGAGCUCAAGCUUAAGCCAAGACUUCUUUCUCUUAGGGCUUGGAUUUGGGCUUCUGCAACUAUAUCCUCACGGACAUUGCAUAUACCAUGGGAUGAGGUUGGGUGCCUGUGUCCUGUUGGAGAUUUGUUCAAUUAUGCUGCUCCUGGAGGGGAGUCAAAAGACAUUGAAAAUGUUGAGAAUUUGAUGCAUUCUUCUUCAUUGCAAGAUGAUUCUUUGUCAAGCGGACAUUCUACAGAUAGCUUACUGGUGGAGAGAUAUGAUGCACAGUUACAGAGGUUAACAGAUGGUGGGUAUGAUGAUGACAUUGGUGCAUAUUGCUUCUAUGCUAGGAACAAUUAUAAAAAGGGAGAGCAGGUUCUUUUAAGCUAUGGAACAUACACAAAUUUGGAGCUCCUUGAACACUAUGGGUUUCUCUUAAAUAAAAAUCCAAAUGACAAGGUUUUUAUUCCCUUGGAACCCAGUAUGUAUUCUUGCAAUUCAUGGCCGAAGGAGUCAAUGUACAUCCAUCAAGAUGGGCAACCAUCUUUUGCCUUAUUAUCUGCAUUGCGAUUAUGGACUACCCCACAGAGUCAGAGAAGAUCCAUUGGACACCUUGCUUACUCAGGUUCUCAACUUUCUGUAGAAAAUGAAAUAUCCGUCCUGAAAUGGAUAUCACAAAAUUGUCGUGUAAUUUUGAAUACUUUGCCAACAACAGUUGAGGGAGAUAGUUUGCUCUUAUUUACUAUUGACGAAAUCCAAAAUGCUGGUAAUCCCAUGGAGCUGAGAAAGUUGCUAUGCCAAUUAGAAAGCGAGGCAUGUGCUUUCUUGGAGGCUAAUAGUCUGCAAAAAGAAGAAAAUGGUGGUGAGUUGGUGCUAUCCAGAAAGACCAAAAGGUCUAUAGAACGGUGGAAAUUAGCAGUUGAAUGGAGGUUGAGAAGGGAGGGUGACUAACGACGAGGAUCUGCGAAAUUCUUUGGUUACAAGAAGUUUUCUCUCUCUUCGCUAAUGUUUUUAGCAUGAGGUUGAGCUCCUUUAGUCAUGGCGGUGGAGUCUAGCCGUGAAUAUAGAAAUCUUCUUUCUUUUUGGGAUGAUUAGAUUGAUCUUCAGUGGCCUUUUUUCUGCGUUUGCAUGGAUCUUCAAUGGCUAAGUAGCCUCCUAUUUCUGAUAGUGGUGUUUUUCUCCUUGAUUCUUUUCUGGAUUGAUAUAGCUUAUGGCUAUCAUUUUUAAGAAAAUUGCAUCUUACAAUGAUGGCCGGAGCUGAUUUGAAGUGGAGCGGCGCAUCUGAAAACUUCUGUCGGGUUUGCAACUGGUCGUGGGUCUGGAGUUUCAUUUCUUGAUUUUUUUAGUUCUAUUUUCUUUUGUAAUGGAUCUUGACUUUUCUCAUUUAAGUUGUAAUUAGACCUUGAGCUUUUUAUCUUAAUGUUUUUUUUUUUUUAAA